AUGUCUCGUCGACGAGGAACAAAAAACAAUGACAUUAACUAUUCGAAAUUGCCAACAACAGAUCAAGGAUUUACAGAUGCCCAAUUUCAAGCACCAGCUCAACAAAUUCCAUGGAGGGCUAUUGUUCUGGCUACCCUACUUCUUGUAGUGGGUACCACACUUCUAGUAUUUGGUAGCAUGGUGGUAUCUGGACACAUAGUUGUUGAAUAUGCUAGUCGAAUGUGGCCUAUGAUUGUUUUAGGGAUUCUAAUGUUUAUUCCGGGAGCUUACCAUGUGAGAAUUGCGUAUUAUGCUUACAAAAAAGUACCUGGGUACUCCUUCGAUGAUAUUCCUGAAUUUGAGUAA